AUGGCUGUCAAAGAUUCUACGCCAGACCAGGGUGCUGGCUCCUCGCCGAAUGGCGCUGCCCCUGGCAUCGUUCAACGACCUCUCACCCAACCAGCCGACGGUGCCAAACCACAGUCGCCACCAAAUUUGACUCCCGACCAACAGGCCAAGUAUGAGACUGUAUUGAAAACAGUUUCUUUGUGGGCCACUGUGCCAAUCAAGGCUGAAAAAAAUGCUCCCACUGAGCCAAUCACGGAUGAUGAGCGCAUGUGGUUAACGCGGGAAUGCAUCCUCCGAUACCUGCGCGCCUCCAAAUGGAACAUCUUUGAGGCCGAGACUCGGCUUCAGAAAACCUUGACCUGGCGCCGGGAAUACGGCUUGGACAAGCUGACUUCUGAGUAUAUCUCUAUUGAGAACGAAACAGGCAAGCAGGUGAUUAUGGGAUACGAUAUCCACGCCCGGCCUUGCUUGUAUCUUUUGCCUUCCAACCAAAACACCGAAAGGAGUGAUCGUCAGAUCCAGCAUUUGGUGUUCAUGCUGGAGCGGGUGAUUGAUCUGAUGGGACCCGAUCAAGAGACUUUGGCCCUUCUGGUCAAUUUCAAGGAGACCAAAUCGGGUGAAAAUGCCUCUGUGGGCCAGGCCAAGCAGACCCUGGACAUCCUGCAGAACCACUAUCCCGAGCGAUUAGGCCGUGCCUUGGUGAUCAAUGUGCCCUUCCUUAUCUGGGGUUUCUUCAAGUUGAUCACACCGUUCAUUGAUCCCAACACUCGUGAAAAGCUCAAGUUCAAUGAAGACCUGCGAGAACAUGUUCCCGCAAGCCAGCUUAUGAAGCCUGUCGGCGGUGAGCUCGAGUUCAAAUAUGACCACUCGAUCUAUUGGCCCGCGCUCAACGAGCUCGCCCAACAGCGACGCGAUGCUUACCGGGAGCGAUGGAUUCAGGGUGGUAAGCAAAUUGGAGAAUAUGAGAACUUUCUCAAGGGAGUCGACAUCCCGAGUGUGUCUCAGGACACAAACACCUCGGUGACUGGCGCCACGUCUUCAAGUUAA